GUUUGCAAUGCCUCCUGGGAGAUCAUGUGUGUCAUCAAUGGGGCGCCGCGUUUUUUUUCUGUGAACCAGAAAUGACGCGAUGCACAUCCGGCACCAUGUUUGAAAAGGGCAGCCAGGCUUUUGUUGCCAUUGUUACACAAAACUUCUUAUUCACAGUGAUGGGCGAUGGGGGGCUGGAGAAUCUCAGCUCUGAUUACAUACAGAGCCCGGGGGAGGGGACACACACACUUAUUUACAGUAGAGGAAUAUGAUUGGGAACAUUUUGAUUGGGCAGUUUAAUAGGGGCAAAUUUGAUAGGAGCAGUUUGCUGGGGACAGUUUUGAUGGGGGCAGAGGGACAUUUGGAAUGGAUUUAUAGUCAUGAAUGUAAACUGGUUUGUUGAACAUUAUAGCUCAUUAUUUGGACAAUUAAAUUAAUUUCCUUUGUUUUUAUUUCAUCAGAUCCCACGUCCACAGAGACCGCUGAUACCGAGACAUUCAAGAAGCACCAAACAAACCUGAAAACACAAUGGAAGAUUCCUUCAGUCGCUUCCACUGAGACCGCUAAUACCAAGACGGUCAGGAAGCAACAAAGAAACCUGGAAACACAAAGGGGGACCCCUUCAUACGCUUCCUCUGAGACCGCUGAUACUGAGCCGGUCAGGGAGGACCAAAGCAACCAGGAAACACAAUGGGAGACCCCUCCAGUCACUUCCCCUGAGACCGCUGAUACCGAGACGGUCAGGGAGGACCAAAGCCACCAAGAACCACAAUGGGAGACCCCUCCAGUCACUUCCCCUGAGACCGCUGAUACAGAGACGGUCAGGGAGGACCAAAGACACCAAGAACCACAAUGGGAGACCCCUCCAGUCACUUCCCCUGAGACCGCUGAUACCGAGACGGUCAGGGAGGACCAAAGCAACCUGCAAAUACAGACGGAGACCCCUCCAGUAAUUUCCACUGAAACCGCCUAUACCGAGACGGUCAGCGAGGACCAAAGCAAUGUGGAGAUACAGAGAGAGACCCCUUCAGUCACUUCCACUGAGGAGGUCCCCAUGAUGUCUCCAACAAUGACAAUGACAACAACAACAACAGAGACCAGUACUUAUGAUACAGGAUUAGUAUUCAUCGAUUUAGGUGUUGAACUUAUCACCAAGACCUUCUAUCAACUGAAGAGAAAUGGCUACCUUCCAUUAGCAUUCAUCUUAGCUGGAGUCGGUCUUCUAGUAGUCAUCGUCAUCAUUUCGAUAGUUAUAAUUUGUUACUGCAAGAAAAGACGCAUCAUGAUGGAGCAAAGCAGAGAUGUGGAAAAAGGAAUCACUGAGAACAAAACGCAAACACAGCUGACUGAAGUGUGCAUAAUAAAGGAAAAAAGACACACAUUGACGGAAGAAGUUUCAGCGAUGGAAGAAGAACUCUCAGUUACUAAACAAAAACUUGCAGAGGUGCAAGAACUCGCAGUGAGGAAAAAAGAACAACUCGCAGCGAGGGAAGAACAACUUGCAAAGAUGCAAGAAAAACUUGCAGAGACGCAAAGACUCGCAGCGAGCAAAGAAGAACUCGCAGUUAGGGAACAACAACUUGCAAAGACGCAAGAAAAAUUUGCAGAGACGCAAGAACUGACAGUGAGGAAAGAAGAACAACUCGCGGUUAGGGAAAAACAACUUGCAAUUAGGGAAGAACAACUCGCAGUGUGGGAAGAACGACUUUCAAAGAUGCAAGAAAAAUUUGCAGAGAUUCAAGAACUUGCAGUGAGGAAAGAACAACUCACAGUUAGGGAAGAACAGGGCUGGCUGUCCUGGCUUUUCAGCGGCCCUGUUGACGAACAACCACAAUGGGAGACCCCUCCAGUCACUUCCACUGAGACCGCUGAUACCGAGGCGGUCAGGGAGGACCAAACCCACCUGGAACCAGUGAGGGAAGAACAACUUGCAAAGAUGCAAGAAAAACUUGCAGAGACACAAGGAGAACUGUCAGUGAGGGAAAAACUUGCAGAGACGCAAGGAGAACUGUCAGAAACUAAAAAUGAACUGGCAGUGAAGGAAAAAAAACUUACAGAGACAAAAGAAAGAUUGUCAGGCCUACAAAAAAAUCAUCUAGAAACACUCAUGGAGAUGGAAGAAAAAGUCACAGCCAUGGAAGGAGAACUCGCAGUGACGAAAGAACAACUAUCAGCGACUAAAAAAAGGUGUGGUAAGGGAACAAGAACUCGCAGUUCAAAGAUGCAAGAGAAAUCUGCACAGACAAAAAAAAAAGAACUGCCAGUGAAAAAAGAACUCGCAGUGAGCAAGAAGAACUUGCAAGAGGAAUUUGCAGAGAUGAAAGAACUAAAAAAUAAGUGA